AUGGAACACCCGGAACACGAAGAUCAAGUCGACCAUGAUCAGGAGCAGUUUAUUACUGACGAAGAUGUUCUCGCUGAAGUCCCCGAUGACGGCGACCAACUCAUGGAUGAAGAUUAUGAAGAUGAAGAAGACGACACUGUCGGAGAGCUUGUGCCAGGAUCAUCUGGAUCGGUCGAGGAUAACUCUGUACAAUCUUUCCCUAAUCAUCAGUCUUCUGUGUUCGCCGUCGCAGUACAUCCUACACAACCGCUCGCAGUUUCCGGGGGAGAGGACGAUCUGGGGUACAUAUGGGAUAUUACCGAUGGAGAAGUCAUAGUAAAAUUGACUGGACAUUCAGAUAGCGUCGUUUGCGUAGGAUGGAGCUAUGAUGGCGAGAUCGUGUCAACUGGUGGUAUGGACGGCAAGAUUAGACUGUGGAGAAGAGUGGGCAAGGAAAAUUAUAGAUCAUGGGAGUUUCUGACAGAGCUUCAAGGACCGGACGAAGUAAUGUUCUUGAAAUGGCACCCAAAAGGAAAUGUCCUUCUAGCUGGAUCCAAUGACACUACUCUUUGGCUAUGGCAAUUGCCAACGGGAAAUACAAUGCAAGUGUUUGCAGGCCACACAGGACCAGUACAAUGUGGUACCUUCACGCCUGAUGGCAAGCGGAUAGUUUCUGCUUGCGGAGAUGGCACCCUCAUACUUUGGGAUCCAAGAUCUCCGACACCAGUUUUCAAACUGACAGCCCAAGACGCACGAUUCGAUCUGGACGGGAUCACUUCCCUUGGUGUCAAUCCCUCUUCAACCCUUGCAGUCGUAGGUGGUGCUGCCGGAGGCGUGCGCGUGGUUAGUCUUACCAAAGGCGAAGUCGUCAGUGCGUUGGGCGGUCAUACAGAAGGGGAAAGCGUUGAAGCUGUUGAGUUCAUUGAUCUUACUGGUGCGGGAUCAGGACCUGGUGUCGUCGCUACGGGAGCUACAGAUGGAAAAAUCUGCUUAUGGGACUUGUCUACUAUGCGUUUGCGUUCGACUGUAGAACACUCUGAUGCAGUCACUACACUUUUGGCAGUUCCACCACCGAACAAUCAUCUUCUAAUCUCUGGAUCGGCGGACAAAACGUUGCGUACAUGGGAUGCACGAACUGGCACUCUUAUCAAGGCGCACAGAGGACAUCAAGGUCCAAUAUUGGGCGCGUCUUUGGGAUUAAAUGGGUCGGUAGUAGUCACUGCGGGAGACGACGGUGUUUCGCUUGUAUUCACCACUGAACCUGAAGAGGAAUAA